AUGGAAUCCUGGAAGUCGAAGUCAUUAGAACACAUCAAUAUACAAUUCCGAAGCAUAAUGGAAGGAAUGGGGAUAGAUGAGGAGAAGCAGCAUAAGCUGGCGGCAAAGCUGAAUCUAUCGAAGAAGAUCAGGACCAUCACAUCAAUGCAGACUCUAGAAGAAAGGAAGAAGAAGAUCAAAGAGUAUGUGAUAAAGCUGAAAGAUAGAAACAGCGUGCUUAACCUCUUAAGCUUGUCAGUUUCUCUCGAGACAGGGCCUCGAGUCUUAUAUGAGAUUUUCAGUGGAGAAGGAGGGCACGAUGUACUUGUAAGGUGUAUGAGAAGGAUGGACGAGGAGUUUGGAGAUGUAAUCUGUGACACUUUAUACAUUGUUCUGUCGAAGUACGGAAAUCAUUUCCCGCCAUUUCUAAGGCUUCUGCUCGAUGGAUUUCUUGGUGGAAAAGUACAUGAAACAAGAUCCUUCUUCAAGAUACUUGAGUUUUUGGUGAAUGAGAACAAAGCAGAGGAAUUGUUCUUCAGCAUGGAUUUCAACAAAUGUGUCUGCAACAGUUAUCUGUCGAAGAUCAUUGAAUAUAUCAAGAGGAUUUCAAGGAUCGAGGAAGAGUUGAACUUUUUGGUGCCACUUAUUAGAUCUCCAAAGGCUGUGCAUGUUAAGUACAUCUUGUUUGUGUCUGAUUUUUCCUCGUUGGAGGAGAGGGUUAUCAAUAAGGAUGUUUUCAACAGUAUACUGAAAGAGAUCAAACCUGACAUCCGGCGGGAUUGGAAGAGAGGAAGAAUUGAUGAGGUGGUGAGACUGGCUGAGAUGGAGGGGGUUCUUGACGUUGCAUGCUGUAUUUUCGAGGCAUUUGCAUUUGGAGACAGUAAGGUGUUUGGAGAUCUAAGAGAGAAUGUAGAAAAGAUGAAGAUCUCGGAAGAGGGGAGUGAAGUUACUGGGGAGGUGGUAGUAGAGGCUGCAAAGAAGAAGGAUGUGGUUAAAAAGGCCGAAGUGAAUAAAGUCAAAGGGCCAAAGAAGAUAAUCAAGAAAGUUGCAAAGAGUACAGCACCAUCGAAGAGAUAUAUUCAGGUGAAAUGGACGAAGAUGGGAAAGGGCAACAGUGUGUGGAAUAGGAUAAGAAUAGAGGAGAUGGAGAGUGCUUUUAAAGCUGAGGAGUUUGAUGGAUUUGAGAUGAAAGGAGAAAAGCCAAAGGCGUUGAGCACGGGUAUAGAGAAGAGAAGGCCUAGUGUUUUUUCCGAAAAGAAGAACUAUGCGAUCAACAUUGCAUUAGGAAGAGUGAAGGAAAGUAAUUGCGAGCUGAAGUCGGCAAUAUUGAACAUGCAGGAAGACCUUAACGAAAACCUUGUUAAACAGCUUCUUUUCUACUUUCCAACGGAUGAAGAGAUUGAGCAACUACAAGGUACAGACCAUGUAUUUGGAAGAGCAGAAGAGUUUUUCAAGGAGAGUAUUGAAGAGGCCGAAGUGAUGAAAAGAUGCCUCUAUUAUCUCUACUUUAUGAUAUCGUUUAGGAAUCAGAAUGUCUGUAAGAACCUUGGGAUUCUAGAGAGAUAUUAUACGAUGCUUCUAGAGAGCAAGGAAUUGAGAAGGUUCUUGGGGAUUACUUUGGUAGCAGGGAAUUAUCUGAAUAAGGGGAGUUUUUUGGGGAGUGCAGAAGGGUUCACGAUGGAGUCCAUCCCAAAGAUAUUGGAGGUAAAGAAUAAUGGAAAUAGUUUGCUAGGACUCCUAAAAAAAAAGAUUGAUUGUAAGUUAUUGCUUGAAGAUCUAAGUGUGGUGUAUGAUGCCAGUGGAAUAAACUUUGAAGCACUGUGCAUUGAGAUUGAAGAGCUCAAGAAGAACUAUAUCAGUGCAAGUGGGUCUCCCUUUCCUAAAAUACAGGAAAGGAUUGAGAGGAUCCAAGAAAAGUAUGAGGACAUCUGCUCAUUGUACGACAAGGUCAGCAAACUCCAUCGAGACUGUAGGGAGUAUUUUGGGGAAAAGGUUGAUGAUGAGUUCAAUAGUUGGAUAAUACUUCUUUUAGACAGGCUAUCUCACGAGAUACAAAAGAAAUAG